AAAUUUGGAAUUGGGUUCAGUAGUGCCGUACAGGCUGUCCGGGCGUUUGGGCUGCAUCGGUUGCAUGAGUGAAAUGAUUAUGAUUCGUGAGAACUACUUGACGCUUAAUUCAUUUGAAAAUAAUCGUGAAAAAUCUGUUAGGAAGCAAAUAAAAUUCUGAUAAACGGAAAGUGAAGUGCUCGAAAGUUAUAUACUGAGCUUUGUGAGUGUAUUUCUGACAAACAAAAAUGAAUAGAUUUGAGUAUGGUGAGUCGCGACUUCUACCCAACGAGACUUAUGUCAGACGCGAUGUACCCGUUCGUCUCUAUGACGGAGACGUCAAGACAAAUUUUGAAAUGGGCGAAUUGAUACUGACGAAUCACAGAAUUCUCUGGGCAAAACCAGGAGACAUCCCGCGGGGUCAAUCAUGUCUAUGUUUGCCUCUUUCCCGGGUUGUAUUCUACGAGGAGGAAAGUCCAGGAGCUUUUUCUUUUGGACGUAGCAAAAAAGUCAUUCUCCAUUUGGCAGAAUCUACCACUGAGAAGAUGCCAGGUCCUAUGGAUAACAGCACAUCAAACUAUGUAAAAUUAUCAUUCAAAGAGGGAUUGGAUCCAAGUUUCAUCAUAGAUUUGGCAAACGCGGUAGCAAGCAGAGAAUGGGAACGGUCUCCAGGAUUCAAAGCUGAGGGAACCCAAUUAGCAAGUAAUGCACAAAGUUCAAAAGUGCUCCCGACAAUAAAAAUAAGAAGAGGAAUUGUGGGAAUAGAAAGAAGUUUGAUGGAAAAACACAAAGCUACCGAUGACAGUAUAUCCUUAGCGUUUCAAGAUUUACAAAAGUUGAUGGGAAUGGCCAAAGAUAUGGUGACGAUAUCAAAAACAAUAUCAGCAAAAAUCCGUGAAAGGGCAGGCGAUAUCACGGAAGAUGAAACAGUAAGGUUCAAGUCAUAUUUAAUGAGCUUGGGUAUUGAUGACCCAGUUACACGAGACGCCUACAAGAGCAGCAAUGAGUACUUUCAACAAUUGGCCAUGCAACUUUCUCAAAUAUUGGAAGAACCCAUUAAGGAAGUCGGCGGUAUGAUGGCUUUGUCCGAUGUAUAUUGCCGAGUGAACAGAGCUCGAGGAAUGGAGCUUUUAUCUCCCGAAGAUUUGUUAAACGCGAGUAGACUUUUAGGGCCUCUCGGUUUACCAAUAGUUUUACGAACAUUCGACAGUGGCGUGAUGGUCUUACAAGCAAAAUCACACGAUGAUACAGCAAUUGUAGAAGCGAUAGCUGAAUGGUUAAAAGAACGAGGCUCCGCAACGGCUGAAGAACUCGCCCAAUCUGAGGGUAUAUCAGUUUUGUUGGCGCGCGAACGACUCUUCGUUACAGAAAAAAACGGUCGAGCCUGCAGAGACGAUACCAUCGAGGCACUGAGAUUUUAUCCCAAUCUUUUUCUCGAACAAAGUGUCUAAUUCGAAAGGUUUUGUUUUUAUUUCUUCUUUCACUUUUUUUUCAUCUAUAAGAAAAAGCGAAUUGAUACGAACGUGUGGUAAUUUAUAAAUUAUUUGUGCCUUUAUAACGCGUCGAUAUUUGAUCAUUGAUCACAGUGCUAAUAUUGUUAUUGCAAAUAAACCCGUUGUCAAUAAAGUUUUUCUUUUUAA